CCCCUUCUUUUCCCUCCCUCUCUUCCAACCGCCCCCCCCCCGGAUGGGGAAAAAAAAGAUGUCAGCUUCUCCGCUGUAGUAUUGCUUCUUAAAAACCCCUCUCUCUGAAAAUGACAUGCCCUCGCAAUGUAACUCCGAACUCAUACGCGGAGCCCUUGGCUGUGCCGGGCGGAGGAGAGCGCUAUAGUCGGAGUGCAGGCAUGUAUAUGCAAUCUGGGAGUGACUUCAACUGCGGAGUGAUGAGGGGCUGCGGGCUCGCGCCCUCGCUUUCCAAGAGGGACGAGGGUAGCAGCCCCAACCUCGCCCUCAACACCUACCCGUCCUACCUCUCCCAGCUGGACUCUUGGGGUGACCCCAAAGCCGCCUACCGUCUGGAACAACCUGUUGGCAGGCCUCUGUCCUCCUGCUCCUACCCACCUAGUGUCAAGGAGGAGAAUGUCUGCUGCAUGUACAGCGCAGAAAAGCGGGCGAAAAGUGGCCCCGAGGCAGGUCUCUACUCCCACCCCCUGCAAGAGUCCUGCCUCGGGGAGCACGAGGUGCCUGUGCCCAGCUAUUACCGCGCCAGCCCGAGCUACUCCGCGCUGGACAAGCCGCCCCACUGUGCCGGGGCCAACGACUUCGAAGCCCCUUUUGAGCAGCGGGCCAGCCUCAACCCGCGCACAGAACAUCUGGAGUCACCCGAGCUUGGGGUCAAAGUGAGUUUCCCUGAGACCCCCAAGUCAGACAGCCAGACCCCUAGCCCCAAUGAGAUCAAGACCGAGCAGAGCCUGGCGGGCCCAAAAGGCAGCCCCUUGGAGAGCGAGAAGGAGCGAGCCAAAACCGCGGACUCCAGCCCAGACACUUCGGAUAACGAAGCGAAAGAGGAGAUAAAGGCAGAAAACACCACAGGAAAUUGGCUGACAGCAAAGAGCGGAAGGAAGAAGAGGUGCCCCUAUACUAAACACCAGACGCUGGAAUUGGAGAAAGAAUUUCUGUUCAAUAUGUAUUUGACGCGAGAGCGCCGCCUGGAGAUUAGCAAGACCAUUAACCUUACAGACAGACAAGUCAAAAUCUGGUUUCAAAAUCGCAGAAUGAAACUCAAGAAAAUGAACCGAGAGAAUCGGAUCCGGGAACUGACCUCCAAUUUUAAUUUCACCUGAGCGCUCGGCCUCCCCUCCCCUCCCGUCUCUCCCCACUCCUUCCUUUCCCUGCCCCUCCUCCCUUUGUG